ACUUUGGCUUCAUUGGUCUAGUGCAUGGUCAACAGCGUAUCAUUAAACAUGCAGGGAUUCUCGUCGAASCAAGGAGUUUUCCUCAAGUGUUUAACCGUUUUCAUAUCUAUCAUCCUACAUCAAUCGACUGCUUGUUCGGAACGUCCUGUGGGUAUAGCAAACAGUACUAUCAUACCAGAUGACAGAUUUACGGCRUCUUCAUAUUAUGAUACUAAUGGCGAUACACGUUAUGAACCAAAGGAUGCACGCCUGAAUGGAGCAGACAGGGGAUGGGGACCAAAAAUGGAAACUGACCCUAACGACUAUCUACAGAUAGACUURGGUCAUGUGUAUGUUAUUUGUGCUGUGGCUACACAAGGUGCGAAUGGAUUCCAUGAAAGGACAACUCAAUACAAGAUAUUAACAUCUAUUAACAACGCCAUAUGGACCACUUACAAAAAUGGACAGACAGACAAGUUGUUUCCUGGUAAUACGGAUGAUAAUAAUGUUGUCAAGAAUAUCCUACAUUAUCCAGUUGUGGUUAGAUACAUUAGGUUUGUGCCCACUACUUAUAACAGCUGGAAAGUACUUCGCGUUGAAGCUUAUGGUGUUCGCAAAGGUUGUCAGGAACGUCCAGUAGGUAUAGCAGAAAGUAGCAUCAUACCAGAUGACAGAUUUACAGCAUCUUCAUAUUAUGUUGGUUAUGACGGCGACACUCGUUAUGAACCAAAGGARGCACGCCUGRAUGGUGCASAAAGAGGAUGGGCACCAAAGACAACAACCGACGCUAAUGACUAUCUACAGAUAGACUUGGAUCAAGUGUGUGUUAUUUGUGCUUUUGCAACACAAGGUGCAAACGGAAUACAUGAAUGGACUACCCAAUACAAGAUAUCAACAUCUGUGGAUAACAGCACGUGGACUAUUUACMAAAAUGGCAGCAAUGAUAAGUUGUUUCCUGGUAAUACAGAUGGUAAUACUGUUGUCAAGAAUGUCCUAGAUUAUCCAGUUGUGGCUAGAUACAUUAGGUUUAUACCCACUUCAUAUGACAACUGGAAAGUACUUCGUGUUGAAGCUUAUGGUUUUCGCARGGGUUGUCAGGAACGUCAUAUAGGUAUAGCAGACCGUAGUAUCAUACCAGAUGACAGAUUUACAGCAUCUUCAUAUUAUGUUGGUUAUGAUGGCGACACUCGUUAUGAACCAAAGGAAGCACGCCUGGAUGGUGCACAAAGAGGAUGGGCACCAAAGACAACAACCGACCCUAAUGACUAUCUACAGAUAGACUUGGAUCAAGUGUAUGUUA